GCUGGGACUUUCUGUGGAGUCUCCACUCAGUGUCAGCUUUGCCUCUGGCUGCGUGGCGCUACCGGUGCUGAUGAACAUCAAGGCUGUGAUUGAGCAGCGGCAGUGCAGCGGGGUCUGGAGCCACAAGGAUGAGUUGCUGAUUGAGACUGAAUUAGGCAUGAAGUGCUGGUACCACUCGGUGUUUGCCUGCCCCAUCCUCCGCCAGCAGACCUCGGAUUCCAACCCUCCGAUCAAGCUCAUCUGUGGUCAUGUGAUCUCCCGAGAUGCCCUCAACAAGCUCAUUAAUGGAGGAAAGCUCAAGUGUCCCUACUGUCCCAUGGAGCAAAAUCCAGCUGACGGGAAAUGCAUCAUAUUCUGAUUCCUGCCCUUCACUGGG